GCUGGGUAUUCGACCUCAAAACCACCCUCCGUUCGCCGUUUUCAAAGCAUGAUUCUAUACCGCCGAGCUGCGAUUGCACGACAACCUUUACAACGGCCAAAUGGCUGACAAACUGUCUGGAGAUUUGAACUACGGCUACCCUGGCACUGCUAUUUAUGAUUUAGAGAAUAGCGAGUGGCUGUUUGAAAGACAGUACACAGCCAAGAAGUUCAGGCAAAUCCGGACCUUGGAGGGCCUACGCCUUGUGGAUACGCUUGCGACAACACCAAUCCAGCUUGUUCAUCCUCAAACCUCUGCGAAUAAGACAAGCACGCAAGAAGAAGCCAGAAACCUGGUACAGGACAUACCUGAAAUUGCGGCUGCAGCUGCGAUACUUCCCGAUUUAGGUCUCGUCUCUGCCGCGAUCUCAAAAACAACUUCCGUUUACGACCCUCUGGUUGGCAGUUUACUGUCCUUCGGUUCCAUUACCCUCGAAGACAGAUAUGAAGGUGCACGACAGGUCGCUGCGCUACCCGUGGGAGAAGCUGGGAAUAUACUUCAGUUGGCGGUACUAAACAAAGAAAGGCUGGGAUGGGGUAUGGUCAGAAAAACAUGGAUAGAUGGAUCGACUUUGAAGGAGGCCGAGAGAGGAUACUGGAACGAGGACGCUGCACCUAUACAGCAGAUCUGCUUCUCUCAAUCGGAGGAUCGGAGCUCUCUACUCGCUGUGCGACUUCCCACACGCACAGUUUUCUUCCACCCCAUCUGCUUCCGCCAAGCUCGUGCAAAUGGAUCUUCGGCUUUCUACGAACUCCCCCCAUCGACGAUUGAUACGCGCCCUAUCUUCAGCAUAGACAAGGAAAGCACUGGCGGGUAUACUCAUUGCCAUGUAGCGUUCAAUCCAAGCUUCCAGUCACAAUUCGCCAUUGUUGACCAGAGCCCAAUGUGGAGCGUGUGGGAGAUUGACCGUUCGCGCAAGAGUGAAGCUUACAUCCCUUCAUGUCUUGUUCGCGGUCGAAUCACCAGCUCAGAAACUGAGGAUGUGCUUGGCGAAGAUGGAUGGGCGAGAGUGCUCUGGGUAGCCGAUGUUAAUACGUUGCUAGUCUGCAAUAGACGCCAUUUGAGCAUUGUCAGCAUCAAAGGAGGGGAACCAAAGUACCUAGCCUGCCCGACAUUUCUCAACCAGCGAUCCGCAGAGUGGUUCUUAGACGCCAAGCUUCAUCCAAAACAUGCGAACCAAGUCUUCAUUUUGACCUCUACCCGUCUCAUUCUGGUGCUAGUCAACAGUUUAGCUGAAGAAAGUGGUUCGGCCGAAAAGUCAGUGACGACGGUACUGGCAUCAUGGACACACUUUCGGGAUGCAGAAGACUUUACUCUUCAGACGACUGUACAAAUGCUGUCAGAAGAUGAAUCGUGCCUGGUGCUUUAUUCGCAGUUGAACAAUCUCAUUCAGGUGUAUACCUUUGUGGAGCACCCUGUAGGCGGUUCCUCUAUGGUAGCGUGUUCUGAUCCUGGUAUACUGGAUUUGACCAUCGAUGGGUCAGACCGGAUCGCUAACCUAUACAUGGAGCCUAUGCAACAGGGGGGCAUCAGAAUGGACGCAGACUUCUUUCGGCUGUUCGUGGUACUGUCUACCUCCAGUAUUCACGAGCUCGUCAUUUAUACUGCGAGGUCGUCGACUCAGGAAUCGUUCGCUACCGAAGAGGCAGUCGAAGACUUCACACGCAGUAUGAUAAGACGCCCUAGAGUCGGCAUUUCCAAGACGGAAGUGGUAAACAAGGAGGACGAGAUAAUAGUCCCAGAUGGUUUGGAUGUUCUAGACGUACCGAGCUCCAAGAUCCCAUCAAGGAUUUUGAAAUCAGACCAGGUCUUGGGAGACGCCCCUGUGCAGACUACACGUAACAACGAACUCCUGUACGAGGCCCUUCAGUGCGCAGAAAGCCCUGAAAGCAACGUAGAGUAUUCUUUGGACAUCACAGCGGUUCUGGGUGAGGUGAAGCAAAUGCUCGCCGACGAUCCUGACUCUGUGCCACUGCCAAUUGGUACGCUGAUGGAGUACGCCAACACGAAGCUCCAAAUUCCGGACGUGGACGAGGCAUCUUCGAAUCUCCAAGAUCUAUUAGCCGAAAAUGAAGAAAACGCCCUAUUUCUCCAGCGAAUCGCGUCGGCGCAGACACUUGGCUUGGCUGAGGAGGAGGACGAUCCUACCAUCUCCGAUAUUUAUGAUACCCUGCUAGAAACGUGGGUCGCACCUCUACCACCUACGGUGCCUAGCCGUGUCCGGCAAUCGAAGGAGCAGAUUGCCCGAGGCAUUGCUGCUGAAGUAUUAUUCUCCAGCCUGCGUAUACGAGAGCAUGAGCUAGAAGCUGCGAUCACUGGCUCACGUCUGGGCUUAAGCCAGGAUCGGGGCAUCGCAUUACCCAUUUUGCCAUCGCGACCGAGGAACGGCGAUUUCCAUUUUCCAUCGCAGCUCUCUAGCUCUCAACAACUUCCAACACCUCCACAGUCUUCUGUGCCUCCAUCGUCCUUGCCAGGCUCAUCACCACCUGUCUUGCCUGUCACGCAAAGUGCUCUACAAGAUCCUUUGGCGCGACUAGGCAAGCAUCUGCGCAACAGAAACCCUUCCAAAGACUCAGUGGGUAUUGGUGCAAAUGCAUCUCGGAUUCUCAGACAAUGGCAAGCAGGAGAUGAUCCAAACAGUUACAAUUGGACUGCCACGGAGCGGGACCUUCAGCCCGAGGACAUGGAUGAAGAAAGCCAAAGGCAACGCGAGAAAGAGCGUAAAGCCAAGGAGCGCAGGGAAAGGCGUCAGCAACGUGAAGAUGAGUUGGCAAGGGCGAAGACUGCAAGUCAGCCCCUAUUAUUUCCAAGAAGCUCUCCCGGACCCAUGUUGAGUGGCAUGGUCAACAGCAGUCAAAUACCGAUGCAGAGUCAGAUUCCAAGUCAAGAGCCAGUAUCCAGCUCGGGAUUCAUAGUACCCCAGAGUCAGAUCGAGCCGGGAAAGUUUGGGGGAAGGUUGGAAAAGAACAAAAUGAAGAAGAAGAAGAAGAGACUGGUCCUUCCUCCGCUUCUUCACUACUUUGAUACAAUUCUGAUUAAAUUCAGUACAUCAGUCUUGCAUCUAAGCCGUUGUCUGAGCCUACAUAUCCUUACAACUUUUACUGAUUCCGAAAUGUCAGGCUUUCCAUCUCUCCAACCAGCCUUUACGGUCCGCGUCGAAAUCGAUGCGCCAAUGCAGGUCGGUGGCCAGUCAGGGCCCCAACUAGCCAUUGUGCCCAUGACAAGUGGCACCGUAAAGAGUGAAGAGGGCUUCGAGCCUAAACUCGACGGGGUGCUACAUGGUGUGGGAUACGACUACAUUCACAACGAUGCCGAUGGUGCAAACAUGAGACUCGAUGUGAGGAGUCAGGUCAAGAAUCAUGAUGGGACCGUUCUUGCAAUGUACUACAAGGGAACCGUCAAGCUUACUCCAAGCGUUGGUGCUAUCUUGACUGGCGCUCCAGAUGCAAAGACCACAGAGUACGGCGAUUCGUUUGUCAAUUUCUCAUUCGAGACGGGCAACCCCAAGUAUGCUGAGCUGCAGAACGGAACAUAUGUUGCUGCUGGUCAUUUUGUCAAAGAGGCAGGGAACCCUGGAACUAUUGUAGAGUACAAGGUUAGCAAGGUUGUGUACAAGGCGUGAAGCAUCCAGCGCUGCUAAACGACUUCAACUGUGCUCCUCAGAACAAUGAAUAGAAAACCACACAAGUACUAUAUCAUUGCUUA